AAAAGUAGGAGUACCAGAGUGUAGAAAUACUCUGUUACAGUAAAAGUUCUGCAUUCAAAAUGUUCGUCAACUAAAAGUACAAACGCAUUAGCAUCUAAAUCUACUUAAAGUAACGACAGUAAAAGUAGUCAUUGUGUCGAGAUUACGUUCAGCCUCCUUUAAAUCCCACACAUUCGUGCUUUUAUUUUGAAGUGCUUCCUGUGUUUUCUGUCUAACGGAAUGAGAUUUUAUUUAAUAUGAAGGUGUUUUUGUCCAGUUUUAACCGCAUGUCCUUCAAGAGUUUGUGGUUUAACUCGGACAUGAAUGUUUAAAGAACCGUGUCGUCGCUCCGGAGAUUUCAGGGGGUGUCAGGGAUGCUCUGCAAGUUCAUUUCAUCCCUGCCGUAGCAGAAGCGUCCUGCUGAGGGAAGCCAUCGAGUGGAAAUGUUUUGCAUCUGCAGGGAAACCUGGAGAUCAGCUGGCCGAGCAGAUCAGGCCUGAGUGUUUUCCACCUCCGGAUUAGAUGGUGGCAGAAGUGUGCAUGACGAGAUAACCAGAUGCUGUCCAGCCUGCACUGCAGAUAAACUGUGAGUCUACUCCCCCUUUGGUUGGCUUUUUUUUUAGGGCCUCUUUGUGUGCCAGACAGUUUAUGUGGGAGUACCUAUAAAUAAUGAAUGUAAUGGACAGCAGCCCCUGAAUUGUGAGGCGUGGAACUGGUUAUUUUUUCUAACCCCUAAAAGAAAGGUGACUGGAAAUAAUGGCUGACCACGAGGAUGCUGAGUUGUCCGAAUCCCUGCAGAAGGAGGACGACUUCUCCAGCGAGAUGGAGGAGACGGUGACAGACUUCCAAUGUAAAAGUUUGCCCAUUUUAAAUGAAGAAGGGCCUCAAGAGGAAACCUUACUGGCUAGUUCUGUGUCCAUUACAGCGGAAGAGAGCGCAGAAUUCAUCCAGCUCCCGGCCAAGACCGAGUCUUUUCAGGCCGAGUCCCCGACCAGAACAAACUACCUGCCCAAGUCGGGGAAGUCGGCGCUGAACAGACCGAGCUCCUACAUGGAGAACACGGAGACCCGAAGGAGUAAAAACAUGGCUAGGAGGAAGCCGCCGGGGUUUCUGGCUUCAGCUCUGGCUCGGAUCCGCCUGCCCAGCAGGAAGUAUAUGAGCGUAAUCCUCCAGGACUCUCGCUGCUUCCUGUUCUGCAUGUGCUACCUGACGUUCAUCCAGUCACUCAUGGUGUCCGGCUACCUGAGCAGCGUCAUCACCACCAUCGAGAAGAGGUACAGCCUCAGGAGCUCCGAAUCGGGCCUCCUCGUCAGCUGUUUCGACAUCGGGAGCCUCCUAGUGGUCGUCUUCAUCAGCUACUUCGGCGGGCGGGGUCAGAGGCCUCGCUGGCUGGCGGUCGGCGGGAUUUUCAUCGCUGUUGGUGCCGCCCUCUUCUCGUUACCUCACUUCAUCUCCCCGCCCUACCAGAUCCAGGAGGUCAACUCGUCCGCCGGAAACGAGGGUCUGUGCAUGAACGCCAACGGCAGCGGCAGGGACCGCGUCGACAUCACUUCCUGUCCCAGAGACCAGGAAGGCAACGAGCACAACCUGUACGUGGCGCUGUUCGUCAUCGCUCAGAUCCUGGUGGGCAUGGGGUCCACGCCCAUCUACACCCUGGGGCCCACCUACCUGGACGACAACGUGAAGAAGGAGAACGCCUCGCUGUAUCUAGCCAUCAUGUAUGUGAUGGGAGCGCUGGGUCCUGCAGCUGGGUACCUACUGGGAGGAGUCCUCAUCGGCUUUUACGUUGACCCAAAAACUGCGGUCACCAUCGAUCAGAGCGACCCCCGCUUCAUCGGAAACUGGUGGAGCGGGUUCCUGCUGUGUGCCGUUGCCAUGCUGCUGGUCAUCUUCCCCAUGUUCACCUUCCCCAAGAAGCUGCCCCCCCGACACAAGAAGAAGAAGAGGAGGAAAAAGCUGAGCAUGGACAACCUGUCCAGCGACGACGACGUCCUCAAGGAGAAGAGCAACAACAAGAGCCAGGCGGUCACCUCGUCCAUGGGCUUCGGAAAGGACAUCAAAGAUCUCCCUAAAGCCGCGGUCAGGAUCCUCAGCAACGUGACCUUCUUGUUCGUCAGCCUCUCGUACACGGCAGAGAGCGCCAUCGUCACUGCCUUCAUCACCUUCAUCCCCAAGUUCAUCGAGUCUCAGUUCGGCAUCCCGGCCUCGAGUGCCAGUAUCUACACCGGUGUGAUUAUUGUCCCCAGUGCCGGAGUGGGCAUCGUGCUGGGAGGAUACAUCAUCAAGAAGCUGAAGCUGGGAGCUCGAGAGUCGGCCAAGCUGGCGAUGAUCUGCAGCGGCGUCUCUCUGCUCUGCUUCUCCACGCUGUUCAUCGUGGGCUGCGACAGCAUCAACCUGGGAGGGAUCAACAUCCCCUACACCACCGGACCGACCCUCACCAUGACCCAGAGGAACCUGACCGGAGGAUGCAACGUGAACUGCGGCUGUAAGAUCCACGAGUACGCCCCGGUGUGCGGCUCUGACGGCAUCACCUACUUUAACCCCUGCCUGGCCGGCUGCAGCAGCGUGGCCAACGACAGCACCGGGAUCCGGAACUACUCGGACUGCGCCUGCGUUCAGAGCCGGCAGGUGAUCACGCCGUCCUCCAGCGGUCAGGGCAGCAACCAGCUGCAGCUCGUCAUCGUGAAGACGUACCUGAACGAGAACGGGUACGCCGUGUCGGGGAAGUGCGACCGCACCUGCAGCACCCUCAUCCCCUUCCUCAUCUUCCUCUUCAUCGUCACGCUCAUCACGGCCUGUGCUCAGCCCUCCGCCAUCAUCGUCACCCUCAGGUCUGUGGCGGAGCAGGAGAGGCCGUUCGCUCUGGGGAUGCAGUUUGUUCUCCUCAGGACCCUCGCCUACAUCCCGACGCCCAUCUACUUCGGCGCCGUCAUCGACACCACCUGCAUGCUGUGGCAGCAGGACUGUGGCGUGCACGGCUCCUGCUGGGAGUACGACGUCACCUCGCUGCGCUUCGUCUACUUCGGCCUCGCCGCCAGCCUCAAGUUCUUCGGCUUCUUCUUCAUCUUCCUCACCUGGUACUCCAUCAAGUACAAAGAGGAGCGAGUGGAGCGCUGGAUGAAGCGCCACCUGUCGCCCGUCGACACGGUGGGCAGCCUGGUUUGCCACCCGGGGGGUCACAAGGGUCACGCUCGCACCCGGUCCUGCCCCGUCAACAUCCCGCGCACCGACCCCAACGUGCUGCCGGUGAACGCGCCGCCGCGAGCCGGCCCGCUGAACCGCGGCGUCAGCACCCAGAGUUGCCCCGGGAACGAGCUGAAGGAAGUGGCCCCUCCCCCCCCCGCGGCGACGCCCGCAGCGACGUCGGCUUCGGCGCGGUCGCUCGACCACGUCUCAGUGCGAGUUUGAAGGUCGGAAAACCGGGGGCAGGCGGGGGACAAAAAUAAUCUGACAUCCAAUCAGAUGGGUUUCAGCGAUCAUCACGUGGGGGCCCUGCUCUCAGAGGGGCUUCUGGGUAAAAAAAAACAUCUACUGGAAACAGAACCUCUGAUUCUGUGGAGAGGAGAGGCUCUGCUGGGCCGGUGAGAUAAUGGAAAGCUUUGUUUUCUUUGUCAUCUGUCUGCGGACGAACGCUUCGGAGAGUUCAUCGCUUCAAGAACAACCCCCCCCCCCUCACCUCGGCAGUAUGUGCCUUCUGUCGCCGCGGGCCUCACAGUGAAGCAGGAAGAGAGCGUGAACAGAUACCUCAGCUUCAUCCUCCCGUGCUUCUUCUUCUUCUUCUCUCUUUUUAUUUCCUCACCGUCAUGCGAGACGUUCCUGUUUUUGUUUUCCGGUCACUCACAAAUAAAAUAACAAAAAAUAAUAAAAAACCUUUGGAAAUGUGACACCUCGUGUUCAGAACUGGAAACCGAUGGCAUGGUGCUAUGUGGAGAAAAAAACUGUUUAGCGUCCAUUUUUUUUUGUCCGUGAAAAGCCCCCCCCCACCACCCCCCGGUCACUGGGCUAAGCAGCUUGGAAGCACAGGAUGAAUUCCUGCUUGAUGCGAGGCCUCCUGGGAUUGUUCUCCAGCUCCAUACAAUGCAUCCACACACCCCCGAGCUGCCCCCCCUCCUGACUUGGCACCGUGAUAAGUGGUUUACCCCCAGAUCUGCAUUUCCCUCCUGACCACAUUCCUGAGGAAAAAAACUAACUAUGCUGGGAUCGGAGCGGGGCGUUCCCGCAGUAGAAGUAGUCCCUCAGAAAGCUGCUGCGAUGGAUCCUGAUUUGGACACGUUUGUUGCUUAGCAUUUUAAAAAGGUAGUCCCAAUGAUUUCUGGGUAAUGACCGAACAGGAUGGGCAGUUUUUAGACGUGCCACACAUCUGAAAGUCAAAGGAAGGCUGUGAACGGUGUUCGACGUUUAGCAAAAAGAAACCACUGGAUAAAGUGCAGAGUGAAUCUACUGUGAGCUGCAGCCAAUGAUUGUUUUCUUUCUCUAUAAAUCUACUAACUAUUCCUCGAUUAACUACCUUACAGAUUAACGGCUUGAGCUGAAGAGAAACAGUCAGAAAGAUGUGGGAAAAAAACCCAUCACAUGUCGUCCAAAAAGUCCAGACAGAUUCAACGGCUAAUUGAUUAAUUGAUUAUCAGAAAUGUUCAUUUAAAGUCGGCUAAUUGCUAAUCAUUCUAGCUCUAGAUCAGGCCCAGUAGUUAAUGUGCCAAACCAUAGCCAUUUAGCCUUUAUUAUAACACUAUUAUUAAGUAUUUUGGGCUCUAGAAACUCUUCUUUGGAGCUGGAAGAAUGAACACAAUGUAGUCAUAACUUUAAAAUGAAAUUGAUUGGAUUGGAUUUACUGUCAUGUGACAUUUUAGGAGGUUAAUUAAGGGCAUUUGUAAGCUGGAAAAGCUCAGAUAACUCACUAUGUAGUCUUUCUAAAACCUUAAGCAGUAUUAUUUCCUGAAGAUCAGCCUCCAUGCCGUCCCUCUGACGCCCCCUGCUGGCUGGAUGUAAUAACCUGCUGCUUUUCCACCAGAGAAAUAUGAACAAAAACAACCAAAACAGGAUGAAAACAAGUCCUGAUUUGCUGGUUUACAUGCAGCUUGUGUCUCGAGCAAUCAGUAUUUUUUUUAUUGGAGAUUGUUCACUUUGUUUACCAUUAAUUCACCUGCUGAUUAUUCGUUGUUGUUGUUGUUGGUUUUUUUUUGUAUGUCAGAAAAUGGAGAAACAUGUUAGGAUGUCCAACAGCUCUCGUUGUUUAAUUUGCAAUCAUAGAAGGAGAGGUGGAAAACAUCGCACCAGAGAAACUGGAGUUAGUGUGAAUAUUGCUACAGUUAUUAAAAUACAGUUAGUUUGUUUUGUUUGCCAAAUUCAGGGGAUCUGUGAGUGGAGCGCUGCGAUCCUGUCCACCUCGUCUUGUUUCUCUGUGCCUACAUUUCACUUCUGAUCAGCUCCUUUAGUUUCCACGUGACGCUCCUGUUCAGCUGCUUCUUAGAAUCACAGAGGGAUAAAAUGCUGAGCCCACCUUCCUGAUAGUAAAGCUUUAAACAUUUAGCAUCGCAGCUCCUCCAAAGUUGAUCGAGUUAGGAUUUGGCUUUUGCUGAGUUUGCUGGUCCGUCCCUUAAUGAUGUCUGACUUCCUGUCUGCAGCUCUCCAAACCAAACGGCUCCUACUUUAGGUUUAAAUCUUAUAAACACGUCAAAAAUGUUUAGUUUCUUUACAAAAUAGUAACCAUUAUUUACCGUAUAUCAGAAAUCUAUACUUAAACAGCUUUUAUUUGUUAAACCUCUUCAGAUGUCCUCCCAGCUGCUUACAUUACGGUAAAGUGUUUUAAUCACCUGUACAUCUUCUGGGGAAAAACCUUUUAAGGAAUAUAAAUGUUCAGAUUUGGAAUUGAACAGAUUAAGGCAGCAGUUAUUAACAGUGCUGAUUCAUUCUGAAGGUAUUUUCUCAAUGAGUUCAUAGUUUUUGUCUCUGAAAGGCCAGGAAAAUGUCCUCAAUUAUCUCCCACUUCCUGUCUGUGGCUCUCCUAACCAACUGGUCCCUAUUUUAAAAAAAGCAAUUCUAUAAAAGAUUUAUAACAACAUGUAAAAAUCAAUGAAACAGAAUCAAAUUCAGCUUUAAUGGGGAUUUUCUUACAUGCUGGAUUAUCUCAAAUCUCCUGGGACCCCCCCCCCCCCAUUAUUUAAUCUAGCUCUCCAUCAAAAAUGUCCUAAUUUCGUUUCAUGCCUAAUUUUUUAACUAACUGGGUGAACAAGGGAUUGAAUGACCUACCAAACGUAAUCAUUUCACCCAAUUAAAUGUAAUAGAAAGUACAGAAACAGCUGAUAAUACACAUUUUUGCUGAUCAAAUUUCAUCCCCACCCACAAACAUGUAAAAACAAUUAUACUUUUGUUUAAUUUCCUGCUUCAUUAAUGCCAUUAGUUCACCUUUGGUUGCUCAAAUACAGCAUUCUUUGCAAAAUAAGGCAAAAAUAACUGCAGUAUUUUACAUUUGAACUAAAGCAAAGUAUCCUGAAACUCUUUGGCUCAUAGAUAAGAAAUGUUGUCAUGAAUUAAAACGAGAAAAACUUAUAUUUACAUAAUUUUUCUGCAUUGUUGUCAAAUGUUCUGCAAAACAUGCCAUUAUUGGACAUUUGGUGGGUUAAAAAUAAUGCUCUUAUGCAGUAUUUACCCAACGUAUCCUGAAACUCCCUCCACUCAUAUCUUACGUUUGAUGGUUAAAAAGGACGUAUGCUUGCAGGUGGUCUCAGUAUUUCCCCCCCAUGUUGUGGAUGUGCAGCUGCAGGACUUCACUGCGUCACAGUUUAUUUUUUGUCCUCCUCUCACCCGUUCUCUGGGGAGAGGGGAUCUGUUUACCUCCAUGUGUCGUGCCGUAGUGUAGUGAUAAAUGUGGGAUCAUUUCCAGACUGUGGCUACAGACAGACUCUGAGACGUAGGUUAGAAUCUUCUUCUUUUAGAAAAUAAAAAAUCAGUAUUGUAUUUAUUUCCAGAGGACAGAGUUUCUGAGCGAGCGAGAGGCGGCCGGUAGAUCUGUGGACACACGGGUCACUGCGACGCCUCGGGUUCUUGACUGUCAAUGAAGAUGUGAAAAAUAAUAAAACGGUAUUACAACAAACA